AUGGCGUUUGAUGACUAUCUCCGAGCCCGCAGCUCGUCCAGAGACGAUGCCAACAGCUACGACCCAGACGAAUACCAACGCGGCCGACAACGAAUUGACCUGAAACUCAAGGGCACCUUUGAGCGCAUCUUUGAGAAAUAUGCCAGAGACUUCACUGGCGUCGGCGAUGAAAUUGACAUGGAAACUGGCGAAGUCGUCGUCGACAACGGCCACCUGACCUACAUGCAACACGAGCGAGACACGGGCAAGAGCGCUUCAUCCCGCUUCGUGCGAGCCUUUGCCGACGAGCUGGAGGUCGAAGAUGGCGACGACAAUGAGGACGAUGGGGACGACGGCCCCCACCAGGAGCCUGAAGGAGAAGAAGACGAACUCCAUCAAGAUCCUGACGACGACGAGGACGAGCUACAGCACGAGCCCCGACAAGAGAAUGAUCAAGAGGAGGACUACCUUGGACGAGAAGAGGAGGACCUCAGUGACGACGAGGAUGGCGACUAUGAGGAUGCGGCAGUUGAGGCUGGCGACGAGCAGUCAGGCGACGAGUCUGACGACCUGGGCCACGGACCUGAACACUUCGCCCUCGAUCCUCGACUCGCUGAGCCUGAUGCCAUGGUUAGCCAAGAGCAGCAAUACCACAGUACACCCGUCAUUCCAUCUACCGAAAUCAGCCACUCUUUGCCCCAAAUCUCCAUUGCAGACUCGUUGAACCAGCUCGUCCCUCACCAAGAUGCCAACGGAAGAGUCGACCCCGAAGCCAUCCACCAGCUGGGUCAGAGUAUUGCCAACCAGAUCGCUCAGUUCCUCAUGCACGCCACCUCGAUCAACAGGCAACCGUCUCAAGGCAUCUGGUCUGCUCCGCCUCUGCCUCAGGACGCUUUCAGUCCACCCUCCUUCUUUGACAACCGCCGCGCUGCAAUCACUCCAGCUCCUCAUCGCGCUCCCUCUGUCUGGGACUCUCCUUCUGGUGGCCAGUCGUUAUGGGCACCAGCCGCCUCGCGACCCAAGAAGCGGCGCAGGCUUCUUAAGCAUACUGAGACUUCAUUCGGUAUUGACCCUGCUUUGACGGAUGAUGCUGCCUUCUCGGACGCUCCAUCAAGGAAUCGCUAUUCCAGAGAAGAAGACGAACUGAUCAAGCGCUUGAAGGAGAUCAAUGGCUUGACCUGGCAAGAAAUCACGAGGCGCCUGCCUGGCAGAACAACUGGUGGUCUUUCUGGCCGCUACACUCGUGUCUUGAAGGAUCUGCCCAGGCCUGUCAUGAUCAAGCGCGAAAUUAUCGAGAUUAUGGAUGGUGACGAUGACGAACUAUCCACUCCUGGCCCUUCGCAUGUAGCCACCUCGCCUGGAAUGUCGCCUUUCCAAACUCCGCUUUUGCGUCGCGCUAUGGACAAGCAAAUUGCCCGCCAUGGAGACAACGGUGAGCUCCCUAUCACUAUAGGCAUUGAAGAUGACACAGACUCGCGCGACUCUUCUGCACCACUACCAGAUACAUCCAAGAAGAAGAGAAAAGCAAAGGAUAAGGAUCCUUCACUUGGAUUGAAAGGGCAAUAUCGAACCUUCGACAGCUCGAACCCGGCUGGAAACUUUGGCGUUCUAUGUACCGACAGUCCAGCACCGUUCACCGCAGAGGAGCACAAUCUGAACUUUUACGGACCUACAAGUGGAUUCGGUGUAUUGAGACUCGAAAAGCCAUCGAAAGGAUCAAAACGACCACCAAAUAAACCAGAUCCACCUCGAGAUGCCUUCAGAAACGCUACGAGAUUCAACCAUCCUGCACCUCAGCUACGUAACGGUGUGGCGAGUACGUCAACCAGCACUGUCAACCUGUUUGCACGUGCUGAGCAGCAUAUGAGAUCUAAGGGCUUCAAUGCUGCUAGUAUGGCUAUAUCCCAGCUUCGUCUCCUGUCGUCACUUCAAGGAAACCAACGUUCAAACCCUACUAUCGCAAGGUCGAGUAACGCGGGUGGACCUAUGACAAUGAUGCCUCCUUCUUCAGCCAGACCCCGUGCGGAGCCUGCUUUGGAAGGAAGCUCACCACUGCCAACUCAUCCGCCUCCUCCAUACAGUGCCAACCCUCCUUCUCGAGCAAGCACACCUCCUCGUCUGCACACUCCUCUCACACGUCGCACCGAGCCCAUGGCGAUAGAUACGGAGAACGAUGGCGAUGUUAGUGACUCGUCAAUGGACACCCCGGCAACAGCGAAACGCUACGCUAAUGCACCGAACAUAACGAGCAACACCAACGGCCCAUACUUCCUGUCCAAUCUGCCUCCACCCCCAAGCCCGUUGGUCACAGUACCACAGGCACAAUCGCGCUCACCAUCUUCCUCACCACUCUCCUCGCCGCUCUCUUCUCCACCACCCAUGCCAUCACCAACUUCAUCACAGGCAUCAUCGGCUAAGGACCGACGACGCAGCACAAGGAGCACCACUCGCCAGGCAACUAAAAACUCUCUGCUGCCACCUGGACCAGGUGAAGUGGCUAGAAUGAAUCUGCCUACCCCAUCCACAUCUCUCAGAAAGAGCAUAUCUACCCCAUCCGCAGCUCUUACAAAGGGCAAGUCCACUUUCACGCCCAAGACAGCCGCAUUGCCUAGGACGCCGAUGACGAGAUACGGUACCCCUGUCCGAGAAACCGUGGGAAGAAAAGAAAUGUUGAUGAAAAAGGCAAUGCCUGAACCUGACGAUGGAUCCGAGGAUGAACUUGCUUAG